CCCGGCAAACAUGUCCGUCGCCCUGCUCUCCACCCCAGUAUCUCUGCCCGCCGUCGCGCGUCCCCGCGUCGCGCGCGAACGCGGCCUCAUCCGCUGCUCCGCCAAGAAAGAAGGCGAGUUCUGGUUUGAUCCAUCCAACGCACCGCAAAAGGCCAAGAUUGGCACGGACUUCGGCCCGCUCGAGGCUGCGCACCACUUCUUCAUCAAGGGCUACCAACCCGAGUUCCAUGUCGCAAACGCCACGCUCCUCGCCGUCGAGGCCGCCCUCUUCAACCUCGCCUCCAACGUCGACCCCAUCACCUCCGGCAACUGCGCCGUGCACCCCACCGCGCUGGGAUGCUUCUUCACCUCCGAGACCAAGGCUUUCCCUGACGAGAUUGGAUUCGCGAUGUUCUUCGCCGGUCUCGCCUAUACCGGCUUCAUCGCCGCGCUGGCGGUCAAGAACUGCAAGAUAUGCAAGGCCUACCUUCUCAAGAACGGCUUCAGGGAGCAGGAGCUCGAGGGAGUCACCACCUACAUGGUCUUGAGGUAUGCCGAGCUCCUCGUGAGGGACAACAAGACAUCCGAGGCGAAGGCUUAUAUGAAGAGGAUCCGUGAGGAAUCCGGCUAUUUCAUCACGUCCUACGAGAAGGGCGAAAAGACCUACGUGCCCCCUUGGGAGACCGAUAGGGUCCCCGCCACCGCGCGCAGCAACGUCGUGGCGUUCAAGCGAAAGCCCGCCAAGACCACCAAAAAGAAGACCACCUCCUCCGAGAGGGAGAAGGUCGGGCAGUAAAACCGCAACGCCGAAUCCUCUCGCGUCGCCAACCACCUGUAUGCUAUGACUGUUGUUCGAACCCGCCCGUGCGCGGCGCGUGGCUGAUAAUGUUACCUUUAUACUCGCUGACGGGCACUCGAAUGUCCCUUGGUUAGUAAGUGUUACCUUCGUAGACUAUGAAUCUAGUGCUAAUGUUAACCGUCUC